AUGAGUGUUGAAGAAGUAUAUAAUUGGAAGUUUUUAGAAUAUCAUCAAAGUAUUUUCAAUGCAAUCAUAUCAGAAAUACAAGGCAGCAAAAUCGCUGAAAAUUUGCAUGCUUUCACUAAAUUGCCUCAUCCGGCUGGAACUUUAGCAAACAACAAAGUUGCAGAAAAAAUAUCUGAGAUUUGGAAAGCAAUUGGCUUACAAAAUGUUCACUUUAUAAAAUAUGAUGUGCUUCUAUCCUAUCCUGAUUACAGUAACCCAAAUCAUAUGCAAAUAUUAGAUAUAAAUGGUGAUGUUUUAUAUACUACCAAAGGUAUCAGCCCAGUGAUUAUUGCAGAAGAGCAAAGUCAUAAAGGAGCUGGUAUACAAUGGUUAGCAUAUUCUGCAAAUGGCACUGUGGAAGGUCAAAUAGUUUACUGCAAUUACGGCAGAAUAGAAGACUUCCAGCGUUUGAAGCAAUUUGGUAUUGACCCCAAAGGAAAAAUAGUAAUGAUGAGAUAUGGGCGAGGUCACCGCAGUAAUAAAGUUCGGAAUGCUCAAAUUCAAGGAGCUAUUGGCGCAAUUCUAUUUUCUGAUCCUGCUGAAGUUGCGCGAGAUGGUAUUCUAAAAGAAAAAGUUUAUCCAAACACAGAAUGGAUGCCCAACAAAGGUGUACAACGAGGAUUAGUUAUGCUAGGAAACGGAGAUCCACUCUCUCCCUUAUAUCCUUCCAAAGAAAAUUUGUACCGUUCCAGAACCGUUGAAGAAGCUAUAGCUGAUGGUAUCUUGCCAAAAAUUCCAGUGAUACCAUUAAGUUACUCAGAUGCUUAUCAAAUCUUAAUACAAAUGGCUGGUCGCUUAGCACCUACUGAUUGGCAAGGUGGUCUAAAUAUUAGUUAUUAUAUUGGUCCGAACAUGAAAAUUCAUGAGGGCAAGAUUAGACUAACAGUUCAUUCAUCACUUUCCACUAGAACUAUUCGUAAUGUGGUGGGGUAUAUACGUGGUACAACAGAUCCUGACCGAUAUGUUAUCAUAGGCAAUCACUAUGAUGCGUGGGUUUAUGGCUCAUUAGAUCCGAAUAGUGGCACUGCCAUUCUGGCUGAGGUGGCUCGAGCUCUCGUCAAAACGAUGAAGGAUAAAAAUUGGAAACCUGCAAGAACGAUAAUGUUUUGCAAUUGGGAUGCUGAAGAAUUCGGAUUAAUUGGAUCAACAGAAUUUGUAGAAGAAUAUGCAAAUUUGUUGAGCCAACGAGCAGUGGUGUAUUUGAAUGUAGACAAUAUUAAUUCCAAUAAAUCCUUGUUCAGUUUUUAUAUAUUUUGCUUAGCAAAUUGUAAUUUAGAAAUAGUUUGCUUGCACGUUUCCACGGUGCCAACGUUGUAUCGAACAUUAAGUAAGAUUUCCAAACAAAUUGCAAAUCCAAUGGAGUCUGAAAAAAGUCAUGGACGUAAAUCAUUAUACGAAACGUGGAUCAAAACUUUUCCAAGCGAUAUUGAUUUCCUCCCGGAUAUCCCAUCAAUGCCUAUCCCAGGCGGUGGAAGUGAUCAUGCACCAUUCUUGAAUUACCUUGGUGUGCCUGUUGCUGCCAUCACCUACAGAAACAAAACAAUGUAUGGGAGUUACCCACUUUAUCAUUCUAUGUAUGAAACGCCGUUUACAAAUGAACAUAUCUUUGAUACGAAUAAUUUAGCGGUACAUGAAGCAGUAGGCAAGUACUGGGCAGGUAUUGCUCUGGAAUUUGCUGAUGCUAUUAUUCUCCCAAUCAAUGUUACUGAUCUUGCAGUGUGUAUUUUGAAUAUUUAUAUUCCAUCAAUUGUUGAUUCAAUCAAAGAAUUAAAAAAGUUUGAGAAUAUUUUACGCGAUGCUAAACGUCAACUUUAUUAUCUUAUAAAAGCUACAAUUGAAUUUGUGGUAUCUGCUCGAAAAUUUAAUGCUUGUAUUGGAAAUAUUUUGCUUGAAAAUGAUAGUAAUUUGCAUUAUUCAAGGAAAUUAGCUUCUGUAAAUGAUCGUUUGAUGGCUGUUGAACGAUGCUUUAUUAAUCCUCGAGGUGUAACACCAGAAGAACCUACGCAACGACAUCUUUUGUUCAGCGUUAGCAAUAACAAUAAAUAUUCAGGCAAAGCAAUCAACAAUAUUCAUGAUAUAAUUAAUACAUUGAAGAAUGCAAAAAGUCAAGCAGAGCGUGAUGUAGUUGCACGCCAACUUACAAUACAAAUUUCUGUACUUCAGACAUCAAUAGAAUGUGCUACAAGUACACUCAAGGAUAAUAUUUAAAU